GGUAAAUUUACACAUUUUGCACGUUAUUAUUAUAUAGUCUACACAUUUUUAAUUAAACACACUACGCUUGAAUUUUCCUUUGGUUUUUCAGUGUGCCGCAGUAAGCAUCAUCAAAACAAACAAAUCCUGUGGGACACAAUGUGUCAUUGCGAUACCUGGAUAUUAAAGGAGGGGUUAGAGGUUAUACAAAGUCAAGCAAUUUUGUGCAUUGCGUCAAUUAAAGUGUCCUGCUGUGUAAGUGUAAGAGCAUUUAAAGUGCCCCUGAAAUCAAAAUUGAUGUUUCAGAUAUUUAAUACCUGUCCAUAGCACUAAGGGACACCAAUAUGAUAGAAUUUCAAAAAACCUAAACCUCAAAAAAUAGCUUUGGAGAUAUAUUUUUGUUUUAAUUUUAUAAUUCAUUACUUCCAGGAAAGCAAUUAAUUUUUUUUUUUGAUGACUCAACCUGUACUAGUCUUGUGUUCGUCCAAUUACGUGCUCUCUAGAAUGUGUUUGUCCCGCCCCCCAGGGUGCUCUACAGUAGCAGCUUGUUAGCAGUGAACAUGGUUGCUUGCCUGAGAAAAAAUUGUUGGUUGGAGUUUAUGUAUUUCGAUGAGGGUGGAAUUUGUGCAAACUGGCAUCUUUGUUACACACACUUUUUGGAGGAGUGUUUUACCAACUUAGGGCUGUUCAGUGCUGGAAUGUCUCUAUCCUCAAGACUGAUCGAGAACAUGUUUCAGUCUCUGAUAUUACAUAUCAUAAAAUGUAAUAAUGUAAUUAUGUUAUUAUGUAAAUGUAAUAUAGUUUUAUCUACCAUUCAGAUGCCUCCUGGUGAUGACCCUGUGGUCUGUGGCUCAAAUGUGUACGCCAUAACUCCUAAAACACACAGAGUUUCCAAAUGACUCUCUUCUCUCAUGGCUUGUUGCUGCCCCUGCGUUUGGCUUGUCGUGGAAAGUGGAGAGUGCACAAAUGUGCAUAUAGCCGUUGCUGGAGGAAGCCAAACCAGCCUCAGCGUUUCUGCUCCAGUUCUUCUCCUUUCACACCAGACUGCCAUACCAGAAGCACGAAGCAUUCGUCUUUGCAGGCUGACCAAGAACCACACACUCCAGUUCUGCUGAAAGAGGUCCUGCAGUACAUGGACAUUAAACCAGGCCAGGUUGUCUUAGAUAUGACCUUCGGCGGUGGAGGUCACAGCAAGGCCAUCCUGAGAUCUGUACCAGGUGUGACCUUGGUGGCUGUGGAUCGUGAUCCUGUGGCGUUUGGCUUUGCGCAGCAGCUAGCAGAGGAAUACCCGGGCCAGGUCAAGCCCGUUCUUGGGCGUUUCAGUGAAUUAAAGGACCUGUUCAUCGGGCUUGGUUUGGGAAACAGGAGUGUAGAUGCUGCCCUGUUGGAUGCUGGCUGCUCAUCAAUGCAGAUGGACAUGGCAGAGAGGGGCUUUUCUCUCAGCAAAGAUGGACCGCUGGACAUGAGAAUGGACGGAGACAGGUACCCCGGCAUGCCCUGCGCGGCUGACGCCGUCAGCGCUUUAGAUCAGCGGGCGCUUGCGUGUGUGCUGGCUGCGUACGGGGAGGAGCAACACGCCAAGAAAAUCGCGGCGGCCAUCGUGCAGGCACGCAGCCUGUAUCCCAUCAGCCGGACGCAGCAACUGGCCAGCAUUGUCGCAGGUGCGUUCCCACCUAGCGCCCUUUACGCCCGUCGUGACCGCCUGCAGAGGCCCUCGCAUGUGGCCACUAAAACCUUCCAGGCACUGCGUAUAUUUGUUAACGAUGAGCUGAACGAGCUUGUAGCAGGACUCCAGACAGCUCAGGACUUCCUCCGGCCGGGUGGUCGCCUCUGCGUCCUCACUUUCCACUCGCUAGAGGACCGCAUUGCUAAGCGCUUCCUCAGAGGAGAGGAUCUCAGUGCUCCGCCGCGCCGCAGCGUCCGCCAGAGGGCACGUGCCCAUCUCCAGAGGAAACUAGAGUUAGAUGACCAUGAAGAUGAAGAUGCAGAGGAAGAGGAAGGAGGCAGGGAGAGUGUCCACUGGGUCAGACUGCAGAGGAAAGUCGUGCUUCCCAGUAAGGAGGAAGUCGGGGAGAAUCCGAGGGGAAGAUCGGCUAAGCUUAGAGCAGCCGUGAGGCGAUAGGUAGAGCUUCUGAUCCUGAACUUUGACAGAAAAGAGAGGCUUUCACUGAGAUUAGCGUCAGUGAUUAUAGGGUACAUAGAGUACAGCGUACAUACUAGUCUGCUCUUGACAGCAGCCAAACUCUUCAAAGAUCUUCAAAGUGAUAUGGAUUUUUGUGGAUAUGCUACAGAAAUUCAAUGGAUAAAGAAUCAUAAAUUAUUGGGAAUUAGUGUGUAAAGAAAAAUUGCCACUAUUGUGUGUGGAUAAAAGGCAUGAUGUGCUGAGGAGUAAGCUUAUAUAAGAACUGCCAUUAUUGUAAUUGCAGUAAUGUAAGUUCAGAUCAACCACAGUAUAUUCUUUUCAGCUCAAGACCAUGUAAUAUAAAUGGAUCUCUUUUGUCCAGGCGCAAGGGUAAUUUGCUGAUAUAACACCCGUGUAUUGCUUACUUGGCUGUGCGUUUAUGCUUAGUUGCCUUUUUCAUUUGGUAUUUUCAAAUUGGAAAUAGGACUCAGACUCACAGACUGCAAUGCUGAACUCAGGGUUGUUUUAUACAUAAUAAAUAAGAACAAACUACCAAAUGUGAAUGAGACAUAUGUGAUGCAUCUGCAUAACGUCUGGUUAUUUCUACUGCUAAAUCAUUGUGCUACAAUUAUUGUGUUACUGCUAAAAUAUGAUCAUAUAUCAUCCUGAAAACGUCAUUGUUCUGUGUUCUGCCAAUGAUGCAUGCUUGAUUUGACAAAGAAUAAGAAUAGUUUAUUUGAUUAAAGAUCACAGCAGCAUAUCUAGGCAUGUGCCAAACCAUUUUCACGAUUACACAGCUGUUUUACCCUGUUACCACAGUGAAAAUACAGACAAUAUACACUCACCUGCCACUUCAGUAGGAGCACUGGUACACCUGCUCAUUCAUGUGGGCUUAGUGACUUUGACUAUGGCAAAUUUGUAAUUUGUUGGUGCCAGAUGGGAUGGUUUGAGGAUUUCAGAAACUGCUGAUUUCAUGCUAUUUUCAAGUGCACCAGUCUCUAGAGGUUACACAGAAUGGCACAAAAAACUAAAAACAUCCAGUAAGCAGCAGUUCUGUAGGUGAAAGCACUUUGUUGGUGAGGGAGGUCAGAGGAGAAUGGCCAGACUGUUUCAAUGUGAUAGGAAUGCUAUGGUAACUCAAAUAAGCACUCUUUACAGCCGCGAUGAGCAGAAAAGCAUCUCAGAUUGCACAAUGCAUCAAACCUUGGGGUGGAUGGAGCUACAACAGCAGAAGACAACAUCAGGUUCCACUUUUAUCAGCCAAAAACAGGAAACCAAGUCUACAGUGGGAAGAGAUUCACCGAAACUGGAGAUUUUCCCAAUUUUCAACUGUCCAGUUUCACCACCUUUGUUAAACUGACUACUUAUACAACAUGAUCUUUGGAGGAAGAAAGCCUAGGAAAUAUUUAAAACUGGUAAAUAAAAACAUUUCCAUAUCAUUUUGGUGAAUUAUGAUCAUGGUUUGAAGUGUCAAAAUAUAUUAAAGAAGUACAAUUUCUGCCAAUUUUGGCCAAACCCUGAUGUUUCAUCUUUAUUUAGCCAGAAAUCAGUCACAGUGACAUCCAACAGGUUUUCCCAGACCACCACGCAUAUUUUCUGGGGCCUUAGUAUUAGAGAAUUUUUCAGUAUGUCUUUAAAUACUUGGAGUUCCAGUCAAAAUGAUUCUCAUACUUUUUCUAUAAGCAGGAUCUUUCAAUAUUACUUUCGUCUUUUUUUUUUUUUUUUUUUUCCUCCCACACCAUGGCUACACCCUUCUCCACAAUCUAAUAACCGAUGCUAGGAGCCAGGAGCAUGUAUAUUUCAGGAAGAAGAUUUCAUGUCACUUUGACAGAAUGAUUUUUUUUUUUUCACAUGUGAAAGUGAUGGCAGGAGUUGCAGUACUUAUGUGUGUGUACUUUACAGACUGAGACACGAUAAUCAGUGUUAAAAACUAUCAGAGGUUAGAACAUUAUAAUCUAUAGAGUUUCGCAUUACUGCACUGUGAGCAAAAGUGACAGAGUGAGUUUGUGAAUGAGUGCGUAGCUGUGCAGUGCGUCCACACUGGAAGUUGGCAGUAUGACAUGUGUCACAGAGAGAGAGAGAGAGAGAGAGAGAGAGAGAUGGAGAUGCAGAGAUUGUGUCUGCGGCAUCCUCUGUCUCUUUGUGGAGCUGAUGGGUGAGUCACACACCUGCAGGACGCGGGUGGGACUUUGGCUGCCAUGGUGAUGCACUGCGCCUUGUGCACUGUACUCACUCUCUCACUCUCGCUCGCUCAAACUCUGAGUCACAUCAGAUCUGAUUAACUUUGCAUAAACACCGCAUUUCAAGACACCAAACACCUCUUCGUUUGUGUGGAAUAACAGCAAAAUGAAAGUGUGCCAAGAAUUCUGUGAUUAAUAUGAAUAUAAUCCUUUCGGGCCCUGAUUAGGUUUGUGUAUUUGUGUUGUCGGGCCAAAUCACUUGACGCACACACAUAUAUAUUCCAAAAUCGCAUUGUUUCUAAAAGUUAUUAGAUUAUUUUAUGUUAUCUGUAAUAAUAUCAAACUAGGGUCUAAAAUCUUGCACUCCAUAUGAUAUAUCUGAAUCUGAUUCUCUCUUGCUUGAUAGUCAUCUUAGCUUUUUUGCGGUGCGUUAGGACUCGAUUUGCCGCCUCCUCUUCAAUCUGGUUAGCAUUCGACAUCUGAAAAAUACAAUCUGCCAGAAUCCUAACUAAGAAAUAACUCUAGAUCAAAUGUCCACUCAAGGGAGCUGACCAGCGCUAUGUUCUUGUGACGUUCAUGAGCUCUUCACAAGUGCUAAGAUGACAUUUAGAAGUGGGAGAGGGAAGAAAAAAACACGUUGCCCGGCCUUGGUUCGUACUGUUCUGCUUGGCAUGAAUCAGUAGCGUGCCGAUGCUUUAAAUACUCAAUGACUCAAAACAUGGCAGCAUCUCUGCAGGAGUCUGUGACUAGUGAUGAGUGGUUUGCAAACAAAUCGAUUCUUUCCUAACAACUCUUUUAAUUAGGUUGGACAGAUUGAUUCACAAGAAGGAUCGAACACAGAAUACCUUGCCUCAGUUGUUUAUGUGCUUUGUUUUUAUAAAUUCUUGAUUAUAAAUGUGGUGAUGGAUAUGCUACUGUAAUCACACAGAUGUCCUUUAUUAGCUGUAAGAACGAGCUGCUAGAUAAGCAACAUUUCUGGAUGGAGCUCUGAGUGGUGAAUCAAAUAAGUCAAAAUGAAUCAUGUUUCCUUUGAAUAAUCAGGUUGAGCCAAAAGAGCCGACUCAGUAAAAUGAGUCAUAAUGAACAUCACAAAUCUGCAAAUUAGACUCUCCCUGUGGUCUUGUCUCACUCUCUGCUUCCUUUUUGCACCAUUUUUUGAAUUUCACCCACUCUACUUCUUUUUCUCGCCUUCUUUUUUCUCUUUUUUUCCCCUCUCAUCCACCGGCAUGUGUCCGCAGGCUCUAAAGCAGAGGUGCGCAACUUAAGAAAUCACCAAACUGCGCUGGACUCCAUUUGGACGCCCCUGCUCUAAAUAUCCAUCGCCCCAUGGUUGCCAUGGAAACUAAACACUACCAAUAACAUUGAACUAGAU